AUGUCGCUCCAUGAGACGCCAUCAAAUAUCAUCAGAUUAUUCGAUACAACAACACUGAAAACGAUAGCAGCAUCAACAAUUAAAACAUUAAAAAACAGCGGUAGCACUGCCAAACAAAGUCCUGCAUACAAUCAGCCAACACUAACACCAACAACAACUCAUUACGAACAGCAUCUUUUGUUUUCAAAAGCCAGUCGCCAACAACAAACACCGAGUAGUCAUCAGUUCCAACAUCCUCCACAGCCGUAUCCCGAACAGAAUGAAACAACAUUUGCACUGGUCUCUCAAAAUGCAAACAAUGCAACAGCCACCUUAACAACAACGGCCACAGCAACGACAAUAGCCGUGGAGGAGCGGGAGCAUCUAGCGGGGACAUCAGUUUUGGCCGGGUUGUCACAACAACAGCCUGCAAUAUCCAUGUUAACCAAUGCUGCCAAUGAAACGACAUCAUCACACAACGCCGAACACAUAGCAACAUCGAUACAUAGCUCCUCAUCAGCAUUAUCUUUGGCAUCGCCAUCAACGUCCGUGCUAACAACUACAACAACAGCAACGUCAAAUUCAUCAGUUACAUUUCCUCAUGACUUAACAUUGGCAUCAUCAUCAGCAUCUCUUACUGGGCCUGUAGAAUCAUCCACAUUGGCUGCCACCAGCACCCACACCACCACCUCCGCAUCAUCAUCCACAGAGUCAUCUACAACAGCCUUGUCGACAUCAUUUUCAUCGCCAACUGUUUUCAACGAUUCGAUAAAAACGUUAACUUCCGCUUUAACAACGGGUACAUUCAACGAUGCCGCCGAUGCAGCAACAGCUGCCGCAGCCACCUCCUCUUCCUCCACCCACUCCCACUCCGCCGUCACCAACAAUGCCUUAGAUGAGAAUUUAUUUUCCACUCCUUAUAGUUAUCUCGAUGGUUAUAGUAGCGGCGGCGGCAGCACCGCCACCACCCUCAUUAGCAGCACCAUUAUGAACAAUACCACCAGCUACUUUAGUUCGCCAUUCAAUUUAAGCCUUUCGGAGAAUUCCACAACAUCGCUACUGUCCUCCGCAAUGGCCUCAGCCGCCACCACCACCGAUGUCGCCCUUGUCGAUGACGAUAACGACAGCGAUAAUUGGAUGGACCUUUCGGUCGUCAUUCUAAAAGGCUUCAUAUUCUUCUCAAUCAUUCUAGCAGCUGUCCUGGGUAAUGCGUUGGUUAUAAUUUCCGUACAGCGUAAUCGUAAAUUGCGAUUCUUCGUCAGCAGCAUCAACAUCGUCAUCAUCAUCAUCAUCUGCAUAUCAAAAGUUAUCAAUCCUGUUUAUUUUUUCAUUACAUCCUUUUCAUCUUCUGUUGCCCUCUGUGCAAUGACAUUUAAUGCGUCUGUGGAGCUGUCCGGUGGCAAAUGGAUGUUCGGACCGUUCAUGUGUAAUGUUUACAACAGUCUGGAUGUUUACUUUUCGACAGCCAGUAUUUUGCAUUUGUGUUGCAUCUCGGUGGACAG